AAAAAAACUACAACAUCAAGACCGGAACACUAACAACAUCUAUGAACAAAAUGUCAUGCAAGCCUCUAGGAAAAGUGUGAUGAAUCAAUUGAAGUCAAUUGUAGAAGAAGCCCGCAACUUUGCAAGAAAGUAUGCUACGCCUACCAUGUUCCCUUCACGAGCAAAUGCUCCAAGGAAAUCUCCAACCGCAACAACCUUUUGAUAACGACACAAUGAUCGAUGUAAAAUGAUGCUAAAGGAAAACCGCAGCUCUAAUAAGCUGGAUUGACAACAAGGAACCGAUGAAACCGCCCCUAGCUAAUAUUCCCGCUGCCAACAAAAGUGUAAACCAUAGUAAAUGACUACAAGAUAUCCAGCAUCACCAAAGUCUGUCAGCACACUAGUAAUGGCGAAUGAAGAAAACCAUCCACUGAUACAGUCAACGCUGCGACCACAAGAACCGACUUCAAAGUCAACCACUCAGCUGCACUCUCUAAUCGAACGAACAUGUUCAGAAUCAAAGAAGCUAUGGAACAUUGCUGGCCCUUCCAUCUUCAGCCGCCUCGCCAUGUUCUCCAUCACCGUCGUCACUCAGUCAUUCUCCGGCCACCUCAGCGACCUCGACCUCGCCGCCAUUUCCAUCUCCUGCACCCUCCUCAUCUCCAUCACUUUCGGUUUCUUGCUCGGAAUGGCGACGGCGCUUGAGACCCUUUGCGGCCAAGCUUACGGCGCGGGACAGCACCACAUGCUAGGCGUGUAUCUGCAGCGUUCGUGGGUUGUUCUGUUUCUGUCUUCGAUUCUUCUGCUGCCAUUGUUUGUGUUUGCUACUCCUCUGUUGGUGCUCAUCGGACAGCCGCCGGAGGUGGCGGAGCGAGCGGGUUUGGUGGCGAUUUGGUUGAUCCCGUUUCACCUGAGCUUCCCGUUUCAGUUCACUUUGCAGAGAUUCUUGCAGUGCCAGUUGAAGACUGCGAUUGUUGCUUGGGUUUCAGGGGGUGCUUUUGUGAUUCAUGUGAUUUUGAGCUGGGUUUUUGUUUACAAGAUGAGGAUUGGGAUUGUUGGGGCUGCGCUUACUAUUGGUUUCUCGUGGUGGCUCUCGGUUUUGGGGAUGCUUGGGUAUACACUGUAUGGUGGGUGUCCAUGUUCUUGGACUGGUUUUUCUGAUCAAGCUUUUGUUGGUCUCUGGGAUUUCUUCAAGCUCUCUCUGGCUUCUGGGGUCAUGCUUGCGUUAGAGAACUUCUAUUAUAGGCUUUUGCUUUUGGUGUCUGGUUUUAUGGAUAACUCUAAGAUUGCUAUUGAUGCUCUUUCUGUCUGUGUUACUAUUUAUGGUUGGGAAUCUAUGAUACCGCUUGGAUUUUUGGCUGCAACCGGGGUGCGUGUAUCAAAUGAGCUUGGCGCAGGCAAUGCAAAAGGGGCAAAAUUUGCCACUGUGGUUUCAGUGGUAAACACUGUACUAGUGGGAUUUAUAUUUUGGUUGAUAAUUAUGGCCUUCAAUGAGAAGCUUGCUUUGAUCUUUACAUCAAGCUCAUCUGUAAUCCAAAUGGUCAAUGAACUUGCAAUCUUGUUGGCUUUUACCAUUCUUCUUAAUUGCAUUCAACCAGUUCUUUCAGGUGUAGCAGUUGGAUCUGGUCGGCAAGCAGUGGUAGCUUAUAUAAACAUUGGUAGUUACUACUUGGUUGGAAUACCUCUUGGGCUUCUCCUUGGAUGGUUGCUACCUUCGGCUAUUGUGGGUAUGUGGACUGGAAUGAUGAGUGGAACGGUGGUUCAAACAUUGAUCUUGGCUAUAAUUACGAUGAGAUAUGAUUGGGAAAGAGAGGUACUGAAAGCCCAGAUUCUUGUUAAGGAGGACACAACAUCGAACUAAUGAAUCUGGGGGUCUUACAAGUUUGCUUACA